AUGAACCUCACCCAAAGACAUGUCUUGUCUGCCGCCAUUGCAGCGUUCAUCGCUUGGGGUCUUGCAGUCCGCGCCCUUCCAGUCUUGCGCUUUCUGGGCUACGCUUUCACACUUGGCUCCCUGGUCACUCUUGUAACUCUGCUUGCAGCAACCUUGAGUGUCUCUCGGUCGCGCCCGGCAUGUCAGACGCUGUCCUCACCUCCCAAUGUAUCCCCUGCCUUCCUUCUUCCCCCGAGGUGGGAUCCCGAAUUAUCAGUCCUCCGAGUCUCCCAACAGUACCAACCCCUACAACUCUACGACCAAUCGUUUGUGGUCUCCCAAGCCCUCGAGGCCCUCAUUGGUCUUGCGCUUCGCGACUUCGUUGCCUCCUGGUACCAGAACAUCUCCAAGAGUCCGACUUUUAUCAAUGAGGUGGACAGGAACAUUCGCGCCGCGUUGGUGGAGAUUCGAGACCGGAUUCUCGCCGAGGACAUUGUCAAUAUCCUCGUGUCCAAAAUUGUACCCUUGAUCACUGCACACCUGCGGGACUUUGAUCAGGCCGAGCGAGCUGUUCGAGGUCGCAGCCUGAACCGCAAUGUCACCGAAUCAGAGGAACUGGAAUUGGCUAUCGCAGCCAAGUACAAGGAUGGCAAGCUACACCCUGCGGCGGCCCUUACUUACUCAGACACAAAGACCGUGCAGCAAGAACAUCUCCGGAAAAUCUUGGUCCGUAUUUUACCGGACCUUUUGUCCCCGAGCAUGAUGGGCAGUCGCGCUACUCUGGUGCUCGUGAAGGAGAUUGUCGCUGGCGCCGUGCUGUUUCCAAUCAUGCAGCUACUUUCCGAUCCGGAUACGUGGAACCAAAUUAUUGAAGCAUAUGGGCGUACUGCGUUACAAGAUCGAAAGACAGUGCGCAGAAUGAGAGCUGCCUUGGAUCAGCACGCAUCUCCAGUCCCAAGACAUAAACCCGGCCAGGAGUUGCCCCGUUUAGCUCCCAAUGACAGCGAGCGCGCCUUUGAGCGAUUUGUUAGAGCCAUUCGCAAAACCAAGAACCUGUCGGAUGCUCGGCGAUUUCGAAACUCCGUCGUUAGCCAGAUUCAGCGCGAGAGCCUUGUCGAAGGUCAGGAUCCCGUUUAUCUGCGAAGGUUGGAAAUGGCCAAACGCGUAUUGGACCAAAAGAUUGCAAAGCUCACUCAAACUGGACCCGUCCCGCUGGCGGCGGUACCGCAGCUUGAGUCUCGCCCCAUUCCAGCCUCAAAACCUCGCGAGUGGACCAUGGUGGAGAUUAUGCACACUGCCUCCGGGUUGUCAUAUUUCAUGGAGUAUAUGGAUCGUCAGAAUCGUAUGUCUUUGGUCCAGUUUUGGGUGGUGGUCGACGGCUUCCGCAACCCUCUCGAGGACGAUUUUGGGGAUGAGUUAAACCCCGGCAUUCAACAAAGUUGGACUGAUGCAGAUCGUAUGGACAUUGCUCAAAUUAGUGAAAAAUACAUGUUGAAAGAAGAACUGAACAUCCCACAAGAAUCCAGGGACGCUAUCAAGGCAUUCCUGGCCGCUGGUCGGAAAGCAACUCCUCAACAAUAUCGAGCCGCCAGAACUGCCAUCUUGGCCGCUCAGUCGGCCGUGUUGGAAGAGCUAGAAACACGGCACCUGCCAAACUUUAGAAAAUCUGAUCUCUACUACAAAUUUCUAGCUUCUGCCGAAGCGGCCGCCGCACGUCCUCGCCAGCAGAGUACGGGUAACCUUGCGGAGGGAAACGGGCAGGUUGGGGCAGAGACGACCAGAGCUCCGACCCAGGCUAUGACGAGAAGCAGUUCGCAACUCGCCAUACGAAAUAAGGAUCUAAGGCGAGCUGCGGUGUCGUCGUCAGAUGUUCGAAGCUUGGCCUCCUCCAAAUUGUUUGAGGAUGGAGAUCUUGCCAAACGGUCUAGCGGUUCCACACCCCUGUUCGAUGAUGGUUACGACACUGACCCAUUGGCACAUUCCACUAACAGCCUUGGACACGAGUCUCUGAAUGGUGAUUCCUUGGAUCAGCGUCAAGUCAUCGAGAAUAUGGAGGCAGCAAUGAACAACAUCAUGACAGACAGUCCGAUGGACGAAACAAUGGGCUACGACGACGAUACCCUGUUUGGCUCCCCGGUAUCCGUGACCAAAUCUUCGAAGAACUUUGACUCACCGCGAAGCUCCCUUGACAUCCCCAGCGGCGAACAGGCCAAUAAACCCAAACCCAGCCUGGCAACACUUGGACUUGUCAAUACCUCCUCUCGUAUAGGUGUGUUCACCGACAACGACCUAUUUCCUGACGAAGAAAAGUUCAUCGAAGAUGAAUAUGUCGACAAUGACGACAAUAAAGGAGACGGCGUGGACGAAGAUGAGAUCCACGAGGCUGCGCCAGGAGAUCUCGGUCUUGCCGAAGCGAUCACAGCUCUUAACAACGACAUAGAGCGCCUAGUAGCCCAGGAAUCGGUGGUGGACACAUUGACGCGCAAGGCAGAACUAACAAACAACGUCGCCGAGCUGCGUAUUCUGAACAAAUCCAAAUCAAGUCUUCAGAGGGAAAUCCGCCGGAAAGAACUUCAACGUCAGCAAUACAUUGUCCAAGAAAGCGACAACAGUUUGUACGGUCGAUCCAGCAUCUCCAUCAAGUCUGUUGUGGUGGGAAAAGAAGACGACGGGCGAGAAUUUGCCUUGUACGUUAUUGAAGUUCAGAGGCAGGCUGGUGAUCAAAUGCCAGCCGCAGCGUGGGCAAUUCCUCGACGGUAUUCCGAAUUUCAUGAAUUGCAUCAACGACUACGACGCAGAUAUCCUUCCACGAGGAAUCUUGAAUUUCCCAGAAGAAGGGUUGUUAUGAAACUCCAAAAGCAGUUCCUGCAGAAUCGACGUCUUGCACUUGAACAUUAUUUGCAGCAAUUACUCCAAAUGCCAGAUGUAUGUCGCAGCAGAGAACUGCGCUCGUUUCUCUCACAAUCAAGCAUCAAGUCGCACCAGGACACGAGUAAAGAAUCUAAUGCACAAGAUAUCGUGACCCGGAUUUAUAAUUCUGUCACUGAGGGCAUGGACGAAUUCCUGGGUAAUGUGUCGGUCCUGGAUCAACUCUCGGUAGCCGGACAGAACCUGAUAUCGGCUGCCACAAAUCAGUUGGGAAUGAACCAGGCUGACAUUGUGCCUCUGGAGCCUGGGCCGGUGGCCGAGGCCGAGGCCGAGUUGGCAGCUUUUGAGGACAAAGAACUGGAACCCUUUGUGAAACCAAUCUGUGACAUAUUUCUCGAAACGUUUGAGUUGAAUCGAGGCAACAACUGGCUUCGUGGUCGUGCCGUGAUUGUGGUCCUCCAUCAACUGCUCGGAGGCACGGUUGAGCGCAAAAUUCGCGAAAUCUUUGCAGGCUUUGUUCAAGAGGAGUCACUGCUCAAGUACAUUGACAUGAUGAAGGAAACCAUGUGGCCCGGCGGUGGCAAGCUGAGAGAAGCCAAACCACGAACGGGCGCAGAGAAGAAGAAGUCAAAGUCUGAAGCAGCUCUGAUGUUGGCCACUCUGAUCCCCGAUUUAGCUGGCAAUGUGGUGGGAAGAGCCAAUGCGCAAGCUGCUGCUCGAAGAAUUACGGCCACCAUGAACAACGCCCGACUCAAUCAGCAUCUUGUCUUUACAAUUCUCGACGAGAUUGUUGCGGUGUUGUUUGAUCCGGCAAAGAAGGGGAGUCUCUCCUGA